AUGACGCCGCGUCCGGAUAUGAUCGAAGCGGCGCGGAAAUUCAUGCUAACUCCGAAAGUUAUCGAAACUCCGUUCGAAGAGCAAAAGCAGUUUUUGUUGGGAAAAGGAGUGACGGAAGAGGAGAUUGCGGAAGCGCGGAAAUCGAUUCCGGAAGAGGAGUUGCGGUCGAAAAUUGGGCAGACGCGGAAUGGUGGAGCGCCACAAAUUGUACAGUAUCAGCAGGGACCACAGCAGAAUAGGUAGGGAGUUUUUGGGAGGAGAUUCGGGGGAAAAAACCUACAGUACUUGAGUGAUUUUGGUGCCGAGAAUGGUGGAUUUUAGAUCUCUGUUUUGAUUUCAAAAAUUGAUCUACUGUAAUUUUUUAACGACAAAAUCUACUGUACCCUAAGCUUCAUUUCGGCGCCAAAUGUUGAUCUACAGUUCAAUUCAUUCAUUUUCACGACUCCUUCUGGCGUAUCGAAUCUUCAAAACUAGAAAAAAAAUUGAAUUUAUUUUGAAACAGUGAAUUUUUUAUCAAAAAAAAUUAAUUUUCUAUAAUUUUCACAUUCCCAUCUUUCAAAAAACACAAUUUUUCCCGCGAAAAACUGAGCUACAGUACCCUGAGUCCCUUCAUAAUUUCCUUUUCUUUGCAGAGUCGUCUCAUUUGCUCAAUCUGCUGUCAUAAUUGGCUCAAUUUCGUAUGCCGGUUAUCGAUUUAUGCGAUCUUUCGUUUUGCCCAAAUUUUUCGAUAUUCCUGAUCCGGCGACUGAAGAAUUGAGACAAUUACAGGUUGGUUUUGGGUAUUUGCGGAGGAAAAUACGGAUAUUUUCUGAAUUUUCAAACAAAAGGAAUGAACUCAUUAUGAUUUUCAAAAUAUCAGGGCUCGUACUAUAUUUAAAUAUUAAAAUUUUAAUUUAAAAAAAUUGUUGAAACAGUGAAUUUUUUGGAUCUGAGAAAUCCUUCAUUUUUCAAAAAAAUCAUGUUUUUCAAUGAAAAAAAUUCACGGUUUCAAAAUUUCUUAUUUGGAAAUGUUCAAGAUAAUUAUUUUCAGUAAUUUGACCUGAAAUUCUGAAUUUAUUUUUGCAUAGCAAUAUGAUAAUUAUUUUUUGAGGGAAAUUGAAAAAAAUUGAACUUUUUGACACUCAAAUUGGAAAGAUUGGAAAAUUUUCUGAAUUUUCGAAUUAGUUUCAAAAGUUUCAUCAGUUAUUUAUUUGUGGAAAUGGAGUUUUCGAUACUGAAAACUGAAUUUUUAAAAAAAAUUAUACAAACAUGUUGAAACGUAUAUUUUUCUUGAAUUUCUUUUGGACUGAAAAUCUGCUUUUCUAAAUUAUUGAAAAAAAAACUGAUUUUGCUAAAUUUUUAACUUCGAAUGCAUAUUUCGAAAAAUUUUAUUUUCAGAAAAAAAAACUACUGUUUCAAAGUGUUUACCUAUAUUUUUUCGAGAAAUAAAUUCGAAAAGUCACUUUUUUGUCAUGAAAAAUAUUGCUGUUUCAAAAUUUUUAGAAUAAAAUUUCAAAUGAAUGUUUUUCAGUGGAAGUAUAACUACUAAACAGUAUUAUUUCCAAGUCAGGAAAUUUGUUGAAAAUUCAAAAAUCAUGUGAAAAAUUGUUUUUAACCAAAAAAUCCCAAAUCUUCUAAAUUUCCAGACACAAGUAAACGAUCUGCAAAAUUCGAUAAAAUUCAUAAUGGACAGCGUCUCACAAACCACUCAACAAUUAGCUCAACAACAAGCCGAAAUCACAAAAGCCCUCUAUUCUGUCUCAAAUCGUGACGCGGAUUUGACACGCGUCGAAAACGGAAUAAGCACCAUCAAAAGUCUACUCCUCAGUCAACACAAUUUUGCACCAAUUGUGACACCGCAAAAUUUGGCGCCAAAAAAUCUGGUGGCUCCAAUAAUUCCCACGUGGCAACAAUUGGCACAACCAACAAAUAGUGGAAUGACAAUGACAACUGAUACAAAUACUGUAGUUGCACCAAGUGAUGGAUAUACAACACCUCCGGCUAAUUUCAGCACUGAAAUUGGGGGAAGUUUGAAAGAGGAACUGGAAAUGGUGGCUGAUAAUGAGUAG